AUGGGCACAUCACCGGAAACAACCGCUCACGGCAGCAACAGCAGCACCCGGGCAACAGGGACGACAGGAGCAGCAGCGGCGACGUCUUCUUCGACGAGCAAUGACGAGCGCGAGAAGUUGUUAGCCCGCGCGUCCUUGAGCAAGGCCACCUUGGCGAGGCAUCGCAGCGGCAGCUUCGGCUCCAGCACAAAGUUGAACGAGGUUCCCCUGCAGUGGAGAAGAGGGUCCACCAACACGGACUCCUACGGUGCUGCGGCAAGCGAGGAAGAAGACGGUGGCUUUGGCCCGAGCAAGGCCAGCUGUGGGAGAAACAAUGCCAGGUCCCCGCUGGUGAGGGUCGUGGGGGGCAUGAAGCCCGCGCCGGAGAAGCCGAAGGGGAAUGAUGGCACCACGCUGUACGUCGGGGCGAGCGUGGUGAUCGCGGGGAUCAUCGUCACGCUCAUCCCGACGUUCUUCGGGCACCCUGCCGGAGGGGAGGACGUGGAUGCGUCCAUGCAGAUCAUCUGGAGCGGCGUGCAGGUCCUCUCCUGCAUCCCCAUGUGCCUGAGCUCCGUGUACAAGGAGAAGGCUCUCGGUGACGACGACAUGGACGUCAUCUACCUGAACGGGUGGGUGGCGGUGUUCCAGUUCCUGUCCAGCCUCCUCUUCGCCGUGCCUUCGGCGUACGCGAUGGGUCUGCCCGUAGCGGAGCUGCCACGAAACACAUACGAGGGCUACCUCUGCUUCAUGGGCGAGAACAGCCACUUCACUGACAUGGCCAACAUGGCAGCGACAACUGGCGGCAGAAUAUCUGACAUGAUUCCGCCAGAUCAUUGCGAGACCGCGCCGUUCUUCGUGACGCUGUACCUGUGCUUCAACCUCGUAUACAACGUCGUUCUCAUCGUCAUCCUCAAGCAUGGAAGCGCGAACGUGCUGUUCCUGGCGUCGACGGUAAUGGUCCCCAUCGGGAACGUGGCGUUUUCUCUCAAGUUCGUGCCCCACCACCAGGACCUGCACUGGUCGGACACGAUGGGAUUGCUCUUCAUUCUGUCAGGCCUCGUGGUGUACCGGUUCAGCGAGCCGGUCCUGGCGUUCUUGCGAAACUCGAGCCAAGAGAGCGACUUGGAUCAAGAGAGCGUAAGCCGAGCCAACCAAAAGAGCUCGAGGUUCGUCGGCAUGAACCAGCUGGAAUACCUGGAGCCGCUCAUCAAGAACCGCGUUUGGCGAGAGCAAAAGGCUCGAUUGCUUCCCAGCCCGCAGCAAAUUCGGUCGGCCUUCAUGCACCGCCUGGGACUACGGCCGUCCCCAAAGGUGGCGGCAACCCCCACAUCGAGGGGAGCAUCGCCGUACAUGGGGCGCACCACCACAAACACUCGAGGGCCGGCCUCCGGCUAUCGCUCCCCGGCGGGCUCGUUCCGGGCGUCGCCCAGCGGCAGGUCUGUUUCUACCACCCGCGCUUCACCCACCAUGACCAGCUCCUGGACUUCGCCGGCGGCGGGGUACCGGUCCAUUCCCGACCGCGAAGCCCCCCCCCGCUCGAUCAACGCGUCGUCCGGAGGGAGGGCGGCGGGCGGCGGCCGCAAGUCUGUUGGCGGCGAUCAGGGACGAGGGGGGAGAAAGAGACACAGGGAUGGAUGGAGAGCGAGAGAGUUGAAGUUGGGAGAGGGCGGGGGGAAAGGGAGAAAUAUACAUGGAUCAUAUCGGUAAGCCACAGCACCUCUUGGUUGUGUCGAUGUUGGUGUUUGCUGAUGUACACGGAGAGGAAAGGAGCGACCGCAAUUUUGAGAGUUGUCGAGGAGUGGAUGGAGCGGAGCACACGAUGGACCCCCCACGUUUGUUUAUACUGCUAUUUUUUUAAGUCCCUUUUUUACUAAGUGCUUGUUGAGGAUACCUAUGUAGCUUUUUUUUUUGUGUGUGUGCCAUCAUUUCGUUCGGUGGUUUGUUCAGCUUUUGCCACUCUUUCGUCUCGUGAGGAGUGAUUGUUGUUGUUUUGUGGUGUGACCUUUUGCACUCAUGGGUUGGUGAAAGUGUUUUUGAUCGCAAUCGUGUGAACAAGUAGAACCUGGCAGGAGGGACAGGCCGGCAAAGCCGGCAACAACAUCAAACCUUUUUUGCCACCCCGAUGUUUUGGCGAGAGUGAGAAGGACCCUCCGAGCAACGUGACGUUACAUGUUAUCAGUAGAACCGUAAAUGUGUUGAUGUAGCACAUACGUGUCGUGGAAUGCUACGUGUUUUGACGAGGGGGAGGCGUUCGAUGAGAUUUAGAGGCAUUCAGGCCGGUGAGUUUUUUUUUUUUCGAAAGCAGCGCGACCUGGCGACGGUAGAUAACCUACACAUACAUACGACGU